CAUAUGCGCUCAUAUGGCUCAUAUGAACCAAUCAGAACGAUCGCAACAUUACUCGAUAAUUCGAAAAUUGUUUCGUUACCGGUAAAGAGUGAUACGUGUCUGUUGGAUGGUAAAUACAUUUGGAUUUGGGUUAAUUAAUAAUCCUUGCUUAUGGUUAUCAAACAGUUAAACCAUGCUGUUAAACAGUCGCAUCGAUUUGGUACGGAAAUGUGAUUUGUACGAAUUAAACCUGUUAAUAAUUCUACAUUAUUAUUUCAAAAUUGCACGUCGGAAUAUCUCAAGGCAUAUGUGAAUAUUAUUAAUAAUUUAUUAUACACAUUUCAUACAUAAAGUGUUUUGUUCUUACAAGUUCUGCACAGGUUGUAUUGCAGACAGUUAAUCAGAAUUUUCCAGUACUUUUUUUAGUACUGAAAAAGUGGACUACAUUCUUAAGUAAACAGCAUUGCUUAUGAUACUUCAGUUUUUGGAAGACCUAACAUGUCUAAAAAAAGCAAGGAGCCCAGAGAUAACGUCAGUAACCAGUAUGUCAGUGAUUCCUCUAUACCUUUAUCUUCAACUGGAGAGAGGUUCAUGACCCAUCAGCCACAAACUCCUGCAUCUCAUGUUGGCGCAUUAAUACGAUCUCGAUCAAUUCCUUGUCUAAAAUAUGGGGAUGAAGAUGCUCAAGGUGGGAGUAAAUUCUCGUUUGUUAGAUCUUUAGGGCUAGCAGAGAGAACCCCUGUUAGUCAUUUCUGUACACCAUCUCAUAGUGGCAGUGGACGACUCAAGUUAGAUGAGCACUCUAAAUCAAAACUCGUGUCUCAGAAACAACUAUCUGAUCAACAUCACAGAACACCUUCAAGAUGUUUUUCUGCUGAAGCAAAUCUCCACAAGGUAACAGCCACACCAGACUGUUUCAAUAAGGUUCACAUGGAGACUCCAAGGAGUAAAUUUGAAUCAGUAGACCUUCCAGUACUUCUUGGUGAAGAAACAAGUAACCUCACAGUUGGAGUACGUGUAAGGCCAUUAAUUAUGCGAGAACAGAAUGACACUGCUGUGGUAACUGUUGUCAGUGUGGAUGGGUGUGAGAUUAAGGUGAUAUGUGAAUCUGGAAUUUCAUAUAGAUUCACGUAUGAUCACUGCUUUUGGUCUUGCGAUCCUCAUCACCCCAGAUAUGCAAGUCAGGAUGUGGUCUUCACAACAAUGGUUCAACCACUAAUAGACAAGGCCUUCCUAGGGUACAACGCCUGUCUGUUUGCAUAUGGACAAACUGGCUCUGGGAAAAGUUACAGUAUGAUGGGAAUGGAUAUUGAGAUUGGAAAUACCAUUGGUAAGGAAGCUGGCAUCAUUCCUCGCUUUUGUUAUGAGCUGUUUGAGCGUGUUGCUUCCCUAGGAGACUCGAAUGUUGGUGCAACAAAGUGUACAUCCAACACUGCUAAUGUUGAGAUCAGUUAUUUUGAGAUAUACAAUGAGAAGAUUCAUGAUCUUCUAGGAGGAUCUAGUGAUGGUGGAAAACGUACUCCGCUCAAAGUGCGAGAACACCCUGUGUUUGGCCCAUAUGUUGUGGAUCUUUCUGUUCAUGGUGUCACAUCUUAUGAAGAUCUCCAGGGUUGGUUAACAGUUGGGAACAGUCAAAGAGCGACUGCAGCCACUGGCAUGAAUGAGAAGAGUUCUCGUUCUCAUUCCAUAUUUAGCAUUAUUCUGGCACAAACACAGGAGGAGACUGUGGAGGGAGGUGAAUGCCAUAAACACUGUCUCUGUAGCAAAAUUAACUUGGUGGAUUUGGCUGGAAGUGAACGAUUGUCACACUCUUGCACCACUGGAGACAGACUGAGAGAAGGUGUCAGUAUCAAUCGUUCCUUGCUGACUCUUGGAAAGGUAAUUGCUGCCUUGGCGGAUAAUGGAAAUGGCAAGAAGAAAAGUUUCGUUCCAUAUCGGGAUUCUGUCCUCACGUGGCUGCUGAGGGAGAGUCUUGGUGGUAAUUCACAAACCACAAUGUUGGCAACCAUCAGUCCAGCAAACACACAUCUGGAUGAGACAUUAGCUACACUUCGUUAUGCUGGUCAGGCAAGGACAAUUGUCAAUCGAAUGCGUGUCAAUGAGGAUCCACAUGACCGCCUUAUCAGAGAACUGCAAGCAGAAGUUAAGCGUUUACGUGCCUUACGGGAAGACUAUGAACGUCAGAUGAAGAGUGGAGUGCCUCGCCGAUUACUACAGCCAAAUAGGACUGAUUUAAGUGACAAAGACCAUGAGAUUGAGAUUCUGAAGGAACAGCUCAAACAGAGUGAAGAACAACUCAGACAGUCUGAGGAAAUGGCAAAGGCUCAGAAGUCAUGGACAGAACGUCUUCAAGAGGCUGGGAAACGGAAAUCUGCUGAACUGAAUCACCUUCAGCGCUGUGGAUUGGCGCUGAAGCUUGACUGGCAGCAGCAGUCACCUUGUAUAGUGAACCUAAUAGCUGACCCCAGCCUCUCAGGCACCUUACUGUACCUCCUGCCAGUGGGUAUUGUCCAUAUUGGCCGGUUAGGUGCAACAACUGGGGAUCAACAACCAGACAUUGCUCUCAGUGGACCUUUAGUUCAGCCACACCACUGUACGAUUGAGAAUAAAGACUCAAAAUUAACUCUCAUUCCGGGAUAUGGCAGUGAGACAUUUGUAAAUGGAGAAUUAGCAAAGGAACGAACUGAUCUUCAUCAUGGAGAUCGCUUAGUCGUAGGAGGAAACCAUUACUUUCGAGUGAGCAACCCAUAUGAAAGGAGCACCACAAGUACAGGACAGUUGGUGGACUAUGAAUUUGCACACCAGGAAAUCCUCAAGGUUCAAGAAAAAAAACUUCAAGCAGAGCUGAAUGAGGCAAAGGGACAGGCUAUUCAAGAACUGGAAGAAGUUAAGAAAGAGGCAAAAAGACAGUUAGGCUGUCAGAGAAUGAAUUAUGAGGAACAGCUCAAACAAAUGGGCAUUACAUUAGAGGAGCAAAAAAAUGCUCUAUCUAUAAUCCAAAGCAAGAAAGAUGAACUGGAGACACAAAAUAACAUGUUAGAAGCUGAGGCUCAAAGGAGGAAAGCUGCUCACGAAACAACCACAGACUUCAUUGUGAUACCAUACAGAUCAGACUUCUUGAAGGAAAUUGAAGCUGCUUUAAAUGAAACUGUGGUGGAGAAUGAAAACAUCCUGAAACUGGAAACUAGUCUCUCUGAGAGCUCUGACUGUACAGGUCUCCAUGAACUUAUAGUAGCAGUACAAGAAGCUAACCAACGUUGCAGAGAGCUACACAUUAAUUUUGAAUUUCACCAGCAGCACAUAAUUGGAGAGUCAGGCCUGGAGCCCACAGUAAGAGUCUGUGACACUCUUAAACAUCUGGCAGCUUUCUGGAAGCCUGCAAAUUUCCUCCAGUGGCUUUGUCAAUUGCGUGAUUAUGAACCAAAUGACAACUUGAAGGAAUUAUUGCACAUUGACCUAUCAUGGGAAGCUGAUGACUGGAAGGGAAAGGAGGAAGAUGCUGAAGCACACAAGAGCAGCCGAAUAUUGGUCAACAUGCACCAAAUUAAACAACAACUCAGUGACAGCAUACAACAUGUGUCGACGAAAUUAUCAUGUAAUGAUUUAGAUUACACUCAUAAUGUGAACAACUGCCUGCAACAAAUGGAAGCAGCAGCCAACAGACUUUACAGCUUGUGCAAGAACCAGGGAGAGCUGGAAAAAAUAAAUGUACCUCUGGAAUCACUGCAUGGCUUCAUUCAGCAGCUACGGUCUGUUUUAGGUACUAGUCACAGUCAUGAUGUAUCAUCCCCCGUGCAUCAGGGCAAUUCUUCCGAAGAUUCUCCCCAUCUCUCAGGAAACAGUCCUAAGAGGAAGUGUUUUCCUUGGCCUCUUUCAUAUGGUGUCCCAAGAAAAUCAAACCUCCGAUCCCCGUGUCCUACUCGGACAUCUCAAACACAAAAAGCUGUCAGAUUCUUUCUGACUAGAAGUCAACAGGACCAAAGUCCUGAGUAGUACUGUAAUAGCAGUUUUCAAACAGUGGGGUUGAGGGUUCUGACAUUAUUUACAAAGGUCUAAAAUAUGUCAAAGUGAUAUUUUUGUCAAAUAUUCUGUUGGUAGCAAUAAAUUAUAACCACUGUUCAGUCAAAGUAA